CAUUUUAUUUCACACUGACAAAAGCUGAGAUGAAUGAGUUGUCUGGCCCUUCCCACUUUGUAUAGUCAUUGGCUGGCUUGGUUCUAAAAGGGAUUUUAAAAAGGGGAAUAAUGUGCCUUUGCCUGGGAUCUGCGACUGUCAGGGUGCUGAAAAGCUGAUCUGUGAGCUGCCACCAUGCAGAUCUCUUGGGCUGUGUGUGCUGUCUGUGUCGUGACACAAAUCACAUUUCAGCCUGCACAAGGGUGGCAGAUGUUUAAAAAUGAUGCUACAGAAAUCAUUCCUGAGAUCUCUGAAAAUACAGAAACACCCAUGGAGCCGACUUUCAGCAACAACAACACAAUGAAUCAGGCCAAACAUGGAGGAAGACACAUACAGCAAGCUCCAGAGCUUAACGACCCCUCGGAGUUCAGCUGCCGGGAGCUCCGCACCACUCGCUAUGUGACGGACGGGCCGUGCCGCAGCCUCAAGCCGGUCAAGGAGCUGCUGUGCUCGGGCCAGUGCGAGCCCUCGCACCUCCUGCCCAACUCCAUCGGCAGGGGCAAGUGGUGGCGGCAGAACGCCCUGGAUUAUCGCUGCAUCCCCGCGCACAGCCGCACCCAGCGCAUCCUGCUCGCCUGUCCCGAGCAGGAGACCCGGACUUACAAAUUCCGAGCGGUCACGUCCUGCAAGUGCAAGCGCUACACUCGCUACCACAACCAGUCCGAGCUCAAGGACUUCGGCAGGGACAGCGCCCGGCCCCAGAAGAACAAGAAGCCUCAUCUGUCCAGAGCCAGGAGCGCCAAAUCCAACCAGCACGAGCUGGAAAAUGCUUAUUAGGUGGCUCUGGGUGACACGGACUAGCAGCUCUGGAUGUUUGCUAAACCAUCAAAAGGCACUCAGAGGCCACAGCAUGAUGUUCUGACUGCAGCAGGUUCCAAUUCCUUCUGCUAAGCCGGGUCAAAGGCUCACAUAGGCAAAAAUCGAUCAGAUUAUAGCACUUAUGGUCUGAUAGGAGAAUGAGAGAAAUGAGCUGGAGGCAGCUGGAGGUACCCUGGAGGUCCAUGAGAGUUUGUGUGUCCUGAGCGAGCAGGGAGGCAAAGCGAAGCUGUUGUGACAAUCACACUGCUAGAAAUCAUUCCACUCACUUUAUGUGAACAGAAUAUUGAGAUUGUUAGAAAUCAUUCCACUCACUUUAUGUGAACAGAAUAUUGAGAUCCCUUUCCCAGACAAUGGUGCAGGACCAGCUUGCAGUUAGGGAGGCACCAGGAGAGUUUGCACUCUCUGAAGGAGCUGUACAAAGUUAGGGGGAGCAGGGAUUUCAAGUUAUGGUGAAUGAAGUCAAAUUGGAAAAUUAACACUCUAGCAAUGUCCUCAUGCACCAGGUGUUUCCUCUCAAACACAGAAAUCAAAAUAUGACGCUAGGACACUCAAAAGUGGGACAAAUCUAUUUCAUUAAAAUAUUAUGGGGUCAACAAAUUCAAAACUGAGAUUUGGCAACUAAAACCAAAUUGAUUUAGGAACAAUGAUUUGUUUUAGGGACAAUUCAACAAAUUCUCCUAAGGGGAGCAGAUUUAUGAAAAAGAUGCUCCUCCCGAACCAGAUAACCUCACUGAUGUUUGUCCUGUAGACAGCUGACAUUAUCCAUAGUUUAACAUAGAAGAUACUGAUUAUUCCUUAUUUCCUAGAACACGUUUAACUUUAAUAUCAGCUUAGAUAACAUCCAUUGACAUUUUCUAUUCUGUAGAGUUUGGAUUAUCUCUAUUAUUUGGACACUCUGUAGCACUUAAACUGUGCAAACCAAGCUCUGUGAGUAAGGUGGUGGUUCUGCAUUUAAAGUGAGCCUCUGCUAAGUCAGGAAUUCCUCUAGAAAAGCCUUUAGGAAAUGCAGCUUUGAUAAGACUUUAGUUUGGCAGCAACUUUCCUUUACUUAGCUUUUCAACACUCAGACUAAUGCUUGUGUUUUUACAUUAAAGAAUAUUGCUAGAAAGUGAAUUGUCACAUACUGUAUACAUCCUGUAGAAUUUAUGCUGAAGUAAUAUAAACUGUGGCAAUUUGAAAUGUUGAUAGAUUUUUCAGUUAUUUUAUGUGGGACCAGAACCUAGAGAGAAAAGGCAUCAUUUCAGAGAGUGAAUUACAUAUUUAUUUUUUUUCCAGAAAUUAUUUAUGCAAUGUUUUAACUUUUAGAGAACUAGAAGAAAUACUGCUUUUAAAAUAUUAGUGUGUUAUUUUUAAUUUUAAAUGCAUUGUUAAUAAAGUAGAAACAAUGACUAAUUAUAGAAAGACUCAUUGAUUUUCAGCUACAGUAUAAAGCCAGGGAUUUACAGAACAGUCAGGGUGUCAAGUCAAAUUUCUGUGAUCCAAAGUGUUGAGAUCUUUAAUUCUAACAACUUACACAUCCCUAAAGAAUCUCCAUCCUGGAACUCCUUGCUCUGGUACAGGAUGUUUCUCAUGGGAAAAGUCUUCCUGGGCAAAUGAGCAGCUCAGAAUUAUUUCUGUAUUCUCAUUUCUGCUUCCCCUGGACAUUUCCUGAUUCGUUCACAACCAGAUAAAGCCACCAAAGAAAACAAUAAAUCUGUGAACUGCCAAUCAAGAGUUCUUGACUGAAAUCUGAUUGCUUCAGAUUUCUUUUAUUGGGAAAAAAAACCCAAUAAAAAGAAAUGUGGAGUCCCCUUGCAAGUGCUGUCAAGCAACAGUUAAAUAUUGUUACAGUUUGGUAUUGUAAACCUAUGCUCAUUUUCAUUUAUCUUUAGGAAACAUUUUCCAAUAAAGUCAGAGAAAACUGAGCUUGGGCUGCACACAGCAUGCAGGUCUUUCAAUGCAGAUGUGGAGAUGAGCAGCUUUUUCAAGACAGCCAGUAUAGAAGUUGUCCUUUCCUUACUAUGACUUGACAUAUGGUAUAAAAACCCAAAAUAAACCAUUGUCACAACUGCAACAACA